AUGAGCAAUCCAAAUAUCAUCUCGACCAGCGAUGGUUCAAAGCAGCUUAUUACCUUCAAUAAGACUCAGCAGAAGAUUGUGCGUCAAAACGUCCGUUCGGAAGAUGAAUAUCUGAGCCACAUUGGUAGUAUCAUCCAGCGUGACUUUUUUCCUGAUUUGGCUGAACUGAAAGGCGAGGCCCCAGCUGAUGAAAUCGUUGAGGGCUCCGAAACUCCUCCUGGCCCCCCUACACAAAAUCCUCAGCGUGAUGCUACAGCGGUCCGACUGGACACAUAUCUUGCGAAUAACACUACAGAAGACAACGCCUCUUUCAUAGAAAUCAUAGAAGAAUCUGAAAGAAAGCGAGAAGCGAAGUUGGCUAAAUUUUUUCCUUCAAGAUCUUUUGAUUCCAGUUUGUCGGUGAGCUGA